CCAAAAGGAGUGGAAGAGCCUGUCUUGGAGAUUUUCCCGAGGAAAUCGUGAACAUCAUUCAUUAUGAAGUGCACCGCGAGGGAGUGGCUCAGAGUAACCACAGUGCUAUUCAUGGCUAGAGCAAUUCCAGCCAUGGUGGUUCCUAAUGCCACUGUAUUGGAGAAACUUUUGGAAAAGUACAUGGAUGAGGAUGGUGAGUGGUGGACGGCCAAGCAAAGAGGGAAAAGGGCCAUCACAGACAGUGACAUGCAGAGUAUCUUGGACCUUCAUAAUAAAUUAAGAAGUCAGGUGUAUCCAACAGCUUCUAAUAUGGAGUAUAUGACAUGGGAUGUAGAGCUGGAAAGAUCUGCAGAAUCCUGGGCCGAAACUUGUGUGUGGGAACAUGGACCUUCUAACUUGCUUCCAUCAAUUGGACAGAAUUUGGGAGCACAUUGGGGAAGAUACAGACCCCCAACAUUUCAUGUGCAAGCAUGGUAUGAUGAAGUGAGAGACUUCAGCUAUCCAUAUGAGCAUGAAUGCAACCCAUAUUGUCCGUUCAGGUGUUCUGGUCCUGUAUGUACUCAUUACACACAGGUGGUAUGGGCAACAAGUAGCAGAAUAGGCUGUGCCAUUAAUUUAUGCCAUAACAUGAACAUCUGGGGGCAGAUAUGGCCCAAAGCUGUCUACCUGGUUUGCAAUUAUUCCCCGAAAGGAAACUGGUGGGGCCACGCACCCUAUAAACAUGGUCGUCCCUGUUCUGCUUGCCCACCUAGUUUUGGAGGGGGCUGUAGAGAAAAUCUUUGCUACAAAGAGGGGUCAGACAGGUAUUACCCUCCUCGAGAAGAAGAAACAAAUGAAAUUGAACGGCAGCAGUCACAAGUCCAUGACACCCACAUGCGGACAAGAGCAGAUGAUAGUAACAGAAAUGAAGUCGUAAGCACACAGCAAAUGUCCCAAAUUGUUUCUUGUGAAGUAAGAUUAAGAGAUCAGUGCAAAGGAACAACCUGCAAUAGAUAUGAAUGCCCUGCUGGCUGUUUGGAUAGCAAAGCUAAAGUUAUAGGCAGUGUGCAUUACGAAAUGCAAUCCAGCAUCUGUAGAGCUGCAAUUCAUUAUGGCAUAAUAGACAACGAUGGUGGUUGGGUAGAUAUCACUAGACAAGGAAGAAAACACUAUUUCAUCAAAUCUAAUAGAAAUGGUAUUCAAACAAUUGGCAAAUAUCAGUCUGCUAAUUCCUUCACAGUCUCUAAAGUAACAGUUCAGGCUGUUACUUGUGAAACAACUGUCGAACAACUAUGUCCAUUUCAUAAGCCUGCUUCACAUUGCCCAAGAGUCUAUUGUCCUCGCAACUGUAUGCAGGCAAAUCCACAUUACGCUCGAGUAAUUGGAACUCGAGUUUAUUCAGAUCUCUCCAGUAUCUGCAGAGCUGCCGUCCACGCUGGGGUGGUAAGAAAUCAAGGCGGUUAUGUUGAUGUUAUGCCUGUGGACAAAAGAAAGACUUACACUGCCUCUUUUCAGAAUGGAAUCUUCUCAGAAAGUUUACAGAACCCUCCAGGAGGAAAGGCAUUCAGAGUUUUUGCUGUUGUGUGAAAUGAAACACAUGGAAGAAGAUGGUAAAGAUUAUUCCGAAUGCCUUAUUUCUAAAGUUUGUAUAAAACUGUAACAUUACUGUACAGAAGAUAACAACUAUUUUCAAUUCCCCCCUCCUCCCCCAACGUGCCAAAUGCAUAUAAAUCUUGAAAGACAAAGUCUGUAAAAUAAAACAUGGGACAUUAUUAGCUUUGGGAAAAGUAAUGAAUAGGUCAUGGUUAUAGAAAUCCUGUGUUAAAUAAUGCUAUAUUUUCUUAGCAGUUAUUUCUACAGUUAAUUUCAUACUCAUCAUUGUUCUACAUUUUAAAUAAUGUAUGGUGCUUUGUAUAUGCCACUAAUAAAAUGAAUCUAAACAUUGAAUGUGAAUGGCCCUCAGAAAAUCAUCUGAUACAUUUAAAAAUAAUCAACACUAAAAAAAGAAAGAAACAAUACUGUCAGCUUUUCCCAGUUCAGUGCUACACCAUUACCUACUCCAAAUAAUCUCACAUUAUUUCCCACUUAUAUUUGUAUUUCCUUUCUGUUAAGUUUAGGCAUAUAGUUCUGGUAUUGCACUUCUUACGUUGUAUAAAACAUUUCCUUGAUAUCCAAUUUGUUAAAAUGUUUGAUUCCUUGGGAAUGGCCUUAACAGUAGUGGAAUGAAGGCAGAGUAGUGUGAUGAAAACUCUGCUAUGAUCAUAGAGUAAAUGUAGGGGUGAAUGUGGGCAGCAUGAGUUUUCUAUGUAUAUUAUUCAACCUGGGGUCACACAUUUUCUUUUGUAUCCUGGCAAAUACUCCUGCAGGCCAGGAAGUAUAUAGUAGUAAAAAGUUUAACAAAGAUAAACUAAUGUAUUGUAUCCAUUGCCACUGAUUUUCUUAAUGGUAAAAUGACUUUGUGUAUAAAUGUUGCCAUAUUGUAUUACUUAUGAUGGUGAUGUUUGUUUCUAUGAGAAAUGUAUUGUGCUUUGAGACUAAAAAAUCUGUAAAUGUUCACUUUGGUAAUUUUUUUCCUUUGGUUAAAUUUACUCUUUCAUAUUUCAUAUAAAGUUAUUAAAAUUAAAUGUAUUUCAAAGUAUU